UCGAAAUUCGAAAAACCCUCCCGACGCUCUCGCCCCGUCCAUCAUGUCUGGAGACAAACUCUUGAAUGAGCUGGGCUACAAGCUGGGCCGCACCAUCGGGGAGGGGAGCUACUCCAAGGUCAAGGUGGCCACCUCCAAGAAGUACAAGGGCACGGUGGCCAUCAAGGUGGUGGACCGACGGCGAGCCCCCCCGGACUUUGUCAACAAGUUCCUGCCCCGGGAGCUGUCCAUCCUGCGCGGCAUCCGCCAUCCGCACAUCGUGCACGUCUUCGAGUUCAUCGAAGUGUGCAAUGGGAAGCUGUACAUCGUUAUGGAGGCCGCCGGCACCGACCUACUGCAGGUGGUGCAGCGCAGCGGGCACAUCCCGUGCGCCCAGGCGCGCGAGCUUUUCGGCCAAAUCGUGGGUGCCGUGCGCUACCUACAUGACCACCACCUGGUGCACCGCGACCUCAAAUGCGAAAACGUGCUGCUGAGCCCGGACGAGCGGCGCAUCAAGCUCACGGACUUCGGCUUCGGACGCCAGGCGCACGGGUACCCGGACCUCAGCACCACCUACUGCGGCUCUGCCGCCUACGCGUCUCCCGAGGUGCUCCUGGGCAUUCCCUACGACCCCAAGAAGUACGACGUGUGGAGCCUGGGCGUCGUACUCUACGUCAUGGUCACCGGCUGCAUGCCCUUCGACGAUUCGGACAUCGCCGGCCUGCCCCGCCGCCAGAAGCGCGGCGUACUCUAUCCCGACGGCCUCGAGCUGGCCGAGCGCUGUAAGGCGCUCAUCGCCGAGCUGCUGCAGUUCAGCCCGUCCGCGCGACCCUCCGCCGGCCAGGUUGCCCGCAACAGCUGGCUGCGCGGUGAGGCUUGCUAG